AUGGAUCGUAAGAAAAAAACAGAAACUACAGACGAGCCCGUAGCCAAAAAAGUAAAAACAUCAUGUUUGGUUAGCGAUCGCAUGAACUUCAACCUUGAUAUGGCUGAGAGGAAUCGUCUCGAUCUGCCAAAAAACCAGCGACCCAUGAAGAAGUUGGACCUUGCCAUGGGUAAAGCUACUCUGUUUGAAGGCAUCACUGGAGAUAAUAAUAAUCUUAGUGCACGGAAGACUCCUGCCGAAAGUGGAUGGCUACCUAAUGUAGUGCAAAAUUUCAGAAGAAAAAACAGGUUUCCUAUAAACGAUACAGAUCAGGAGAUGUUUAACAUCAUCACUGACUAUUUGGAUCUCUUCGCCGUUACGAAACAUAAGAGCCACAGAGAUAUUUAUGUGGCACAUAUAUUGAAUCAUUUGAUUUCUUCACGAAAUACUGUUUUGGGAAACCAUAUGGCUCUGCAAGGGGACACGGUCUCAGAAGAACUCAUCGAAAGUAGCAGAGACCAGGGUUUCGUGAGAACAUCAUGUCUAAUAAUGUGUCCUUUCAAAAAGGAUGGCUAUGAUGUUGUGCAACGAUUGAUAGGCAUGGUGUUCGGCAAAGGGGUGAAGAAUGUGAGACAUAUUAAAAGAUUUGAAGAAGAGUUCGUAGAUGGUGGUAAAGUUGAUAACGAGCUCUUGAAUGAUGAUUUCAAGGAGUUGUUAUCAGGUAACAACGACGAUUGUUUCCGUAUAGGAAUCAGCAUAUCUAAAAAAGCUCUUAAAUUGUAUGAACCUUUCGACACAGCUGAUUUGAUUCUAUGCUCUCCAUUGGGCUUACGUAUGAUUCUGGAGAAGGAGCGGGAUGAAUCUCAUUACGUCUCAAGUUUGCAGAUAGUUGUUGUGGAUGGGGUUGAUGUUAUGCUUCAACAGAAUUGGGAGAAUUUGAGUAUCGUGUUUGACAAGAUGCACUCGUUGCCCAGUAACAUUCUGGCGGAUAUCUCAAGAGUCAAGAGUUUGUAUUUAGAAGGCAAUGCCAAGUAUUAUUCUCAACUACUCAUGUUCUCUCAGUACCAACAUGAGCUCUUCGCUGGCUUAAUGUUCGAACGCUCUCUGAACUAUCGGGGAUUGGUUUUACACCAACCUAGGCAAGAAGGAAUGCUAUCUAAUAUUGAAAUUCCGUUAUGUCAAGAGUUCUUAAGAUUCAAUGUGGAAGGUGCGGAUGAUCCUAGUUUAUCUCGGUUCAAUUUCUUCGCAAAUAAGUUCGGAAAUUGUCUGGUUCCCCAUACAUGCAUAGUUAUACCCUCAUAUUUCGAUUUUGUGCGUCUGAGAAAUUACUUCAAGCGACACGAAGAGAGUUUUGUGUCGUUACAUGAGUACGCUGAAAAGAAGAAGGUGAAAAGAGCUCGUGAUAUGUUCUUCCAUGAACUGAAAAAGAUUUUGCUUGUAACUGAAAGAUUCCAUUACUUCCAUCGUUAUGAAUUAAAGGGCAUUGAGCGGUUGAUCUUCUACCAGGCCCCUUCGCAUCCCAGUUUCUAUCACGAAUUCAUCAACAUGGGUAAACUUUCGAAGAAGAGAUUUUCGGCCUCUCUGCUGUAUUCUAAGAAUGACCGUCUUAGGCUAUGCAACAUCUUCGGAACGUCCAUGGCGAACUCCAUUUUAAAUUCCGAGAAAGAUGUACAGGCUAUUGUUUCUGAAUAA